UAAAAGUUUAUUUUUCAAUAUUUAUUGGCUCACAUUACCUUAAACUUAUCAUCUAUCGAAAUUCUAAGAUCCAAGUUUAUAAGUGUCAAUUUGAAUAACAACAAACAAAGUCAUGUGCCAUAGUUGUUCAAAACCCAGUGAUAGCUAUUGGACCCAAAAGUGGCGAUCAAUACCAUUUAGCUGCAUCGAUUGUUCCAUAUACAAAAUUUUCACAAAUUGCAAUGAAUAUAAAAAUGGGGAGUACAACAAAGUAGGCACAUUAGGAGGCUUUCAACGACAUUGUACUCCAGAAUAUUUCAAAUGUUUUCUAAAGUCUCAUGAACCAGAAUUUCUUGAUUCUUUCAAGAUAGCUCGCUCAGAUUCUUUGAUGACUAACUCUCUAAAAUUUAACGUGGAUAAUUGGUUGGCGGCAUUGCAAAAUGAUUAUCGCAAUUCUGUGAAAGACUGGUUUUCCAAGUAUACGCAAUCAUUAAUUAGGCAGAGAACUUUUAAGGCUGAAUAUUUCAAGGGAACAAAUUUCACACUAAACAAAAAAUGGUUGAAAGACUUUGAAAAUUUCUACAAGGAAACGGCAGGUUGUGAAGGUGUGGAAAACAAUGCAACAAUGGGUAUUGGGAGAACAUGAUUCCAUACAAUGCAGAGUUUUAUUCAAGCGGAUGUAAAGAAGGCUGUGACAACAAAAAUUGGAAAAAUUGGAAAAAUUUGGAAAUCUAAAAUGAAUUUUGAUAUAUCUUUUCUAUAUAAGAGUACUACAAACAAAUUAUUAAUGCCUAUAAUCACAAAACUUAAAGCAGAGUUUAAGUAGGCUUAUUUGACAGUCAUGCUUUAUAGAACUUUCAAAUUAAACUGCUAUAAAACUGUUUUAAGUUUUAUGAAUACUGGUGUAAAAAUUUAAUUAAGGCUCGAAAGAGUUUUAAUCAAAUUUAAAAAUUCUUCAUUUUUAUGUGUCUUCUUUGUCAUAUCACUCAAAAGUGGCGAGCAAUACCAUUUAGCUGCAUCGAUUGUUCCAUAUACAAAAUUUUCACAAAUUGCAAUGAAUAUAAAAAUGGGGAGUACAACAAACUGGCUCAGAUUCUUUGAUGACUAACUCUCUAAAAUUUAAUGUGGAUAAUUGGUUGGCGGCAUUGCAAAAUGAUUAUCGCAAUUCUGUGAAAGACUGGUUUUCCAAGUAUACGCAAUCAUUAAUUAGGCAGAGAACUUUUAAGGCUGAAUAUUUCAAGGGAACAAAUUUCACACUAAACAAAAAAUGGUAUGGUAUGGAAAUAUAUGGUAUGGAAAAUUUCUACAAAGAAACGGCAGGUUGUGAAGGUGUGGAAAAUCAAUGCAACAAAGGGCAAAGGGUAUUGAGAGAACAUGAUUCCUUCCAAUGCAGUUUUAUUCAAGCGGAUGUAAAGAAGGCUGUGAAUUGAUGAAAAUAAAUUUUGAUAUAUAUGUUCUAUAUAAGAGUACUACAAACAAAUUAUUAAUGCCCAUAAUCACAAAACUUAAAGCAGCGUUUAAGUAGACUUAUUUGACAGUCAUGCUUUAUAGAACUUUCAAAUUAAACUGCUAUAAAACUGUUUUAAGUUUUAUGAAUACCGGUGCACACAUUUAAUUAAGGCUCGAAAGAGUUUUAAUCAAAGUUAAAAAUUCUUCAUUAUUAUGUGUCUUCUUUGUCAUAACAUUCAAAAUUAUUAUUUUUCAUUAUUUCUUUCAACUUUUUCGAAAAUUUUCCUAAAAAUUUAACAUUUCUUUCAAAAUAAAAACAUGUUUCAAAAUACCAUCAAACAAGUUAUCGACAAGACUGCACAAAUUACCGCUGAAGUGCCUUUAAGUUCCAUGGCAAAUUGCCAGUUCAAAAAUGAUAAUACCAAGAAAAAUAAACAUUUCAAAAACCAUAAAAACAAGGCGGAUAACUAUUGGUCUGAGUUUCUAAAGGCCCAAGAAAAAUCCACUGCCAAUUAUGUGUAUAAAAUAGAAAUUAAUGGGCCCAAGAAAGAUCCAACUUUGGCAAAGGAGGAAACCAAUCCCAAGCAUUUGAUAUAUCAGUAUAUGAGAUACCCCCCUCACAUGAAAAAUUGGAGCAAAGAUGAUAGCUUUCACUUAUUAUGCUUUGUAUUAAAAUCGGAAAAAUUGGGAUAUUUAAUAGAAAAGAAACUAUUUCAACAUCCCGGAUAUUCCGAUUAUGUAAUUCUUACCCAUAUAAAGACUACUAUUCAAAAUGUUUUAUCUGGAGGAACAAAUCAAAGUUUUGAAAAUUUUAUUCCUCUCAUUAACCAUGCCAUGUAUCGAGGAAAGGACAUUUACAAUAGUCGACAUUAUUUCGAGCCUAAAAGACUGUUCAUGAAACCACCACAGGACGAAUUAGAUCCUUAUGAAUUGGCCUACUUCAGAAAUAUAAUGGAAAACCAUGAAAAAAAGCAAUUAAGUGUUCAACAAUUUUUGUACAUGCUAAAAUUUGUGGAAAUACUUAAGGCAAUGCCAGAAGAGCAAAGAAAACAAUUUUUAAAACGAUUUCAUGAAGAAAAUGCUUUGCCUUCUGCUUGUUUCCUCCAACUGGAGCACUAUCUCCGAAGAAAGGCCAUAAAGUGUAAUGGCCAGAAAAUCAAAAUUAAAGGAAACCAUUUUGAAGUGCUGAUAGAUUUACUUCCUUGCUUUUGUAAACACAUUGAUGGCAAUGAAAAAACAAAAUAGCAGAGAUUGGUGAUAAUAAUAGAUUAAAAAAAAGAUAAUAAACGGAAAAAUUAAUUAAUUCAUAAAAA